UAUAGGUCGAUAAACUUUCUAUCCUUAUGACUGCAGACUGAAGGCAGUAUUGCACUUUGAAACUAUGAGCGUGAUUUCGGUUAUUUGCGUUACCAGCGAUACUGUUUUGUGAUCUUGCAGACAAACCAUGGAGUGCACUUCAGAACCAGAUAAAGAAUCAGAAAAAAGUUUGGACGAAGUAUGCCAAAAAAUGGAUAAACUGCCAGAAUUAAAUGGGGAUUCGCCCGUAAAAUUAGUAACGAAAAAGAAGAAGAAACAUAAAAAGAAGACUGUAAAAUGCACAAAUGGUGACGAUGCGACCCUGAUGAAAGAAAAUGAGACGGGAGACACUUCAGUUAACUGUGGUGAAAACAUGUCCUCUGCUGUGAAAACGUCAAACAAGAAGUCUAAAUCGGAAAAUUCAGGUGUCAUACGUCAGACGGAUCCUCCUUCUAUUCCUGUAUGUCAGUUGUAUCCUAAAGGAGACUACCCAGUUGGUCAGAUUAUUAAUUAUGAGCCCGACACUGAUUGUCGUACAGCUAUCAAUCGCACAACAUCAGAAGAGUGCAAAGCUCGUGACAAUGCUCAUAUAGAGAUCUAUCAACAGUUUCGUGAAGGUGCAGAGGUUCAUAGACAAACGAGAAACUAUAUUAAGAAAUGGAUACGUCCGGGUAUUCGUCUCAUCGAUAUGUGUGAAGAACUCGAACGCACUAGCCGUGCACUCAUUUUAGAACGCGGAUUGGAUGCAGGCUUAGCUUUUCCAACAGGUUGUUCAAUUAAUCAUUGUGCAGCUCAUUACACUCCUAAUGGGGGUGAUAAUACAGUUCUAAAUUAUGACGAUGUAUGCAAAAUUGAUUUUGGAGUACAUGUAAAUGGUCGUAUUAUUGAUUGUGCUUUCACACUUCACUUUAAUCCUAAGUUUGAUACUUUGGUAGAGGCUGUUAAGGAUGCAACUAAUACUGGUAUUAAGGCAGCUGGCAUUGACGUACGUUUGUGUGAUGUUGGAGCAGCCAUUCAGGAGACUAUGGAGUCCUAUGAAGUAGAAUUAGAUGGAAAUACUUACCAGGUGAAACCUAUACGUAAUUUGAAUGGUCAUUCUUUGGGGCCAUACCAAAUUCAUGCGGGGAAAACUGUGCCAAUCGUACGUGGAGGGGAGCAAACUCGUAUGGAGGAAAAUGAAUAUUAUGCAAUCGAAACGUUUGGUAGUACAGGAAAAGGUUAUGUUAUUGAUGGAGAUGAAGUUUCGCACUAUAUGAAGAAUUUCGACGUUAGACAUGUUCCUCUGAGGUUGGCGAAAUCGAAACAACUGUUGAAUGUGAUAGAUCGUAAUUUCAGUACUCUUGCAUUUUGUCGCCGUUGGUUAGAUCGUUUAGGUGAGACAAAAUAUCUUAUGGCCCUAAAGAACCUAUGUGACGUUGGAAUAGUAGAUCCAUAUCCGCCUCUGUGUGAUCAACGUGGUUGCUACACUGCUCAAUGGGAGCACACGAUUUUGCUAAGGCCAACAUGUAAAGAAGUUGUCUCUCGUGGGGAGGAUUACUGAGUAACUUCCAAGUUUUUCAUUCAGGAUUCACUGUAGACGUUAUAAAUUGUUUCGAUAUUUUGAUAAUAUUUGAAAGAUUUAUUUUCGUCUGAACAUGUGUCCAAGAUACAGUUUGAUAUAGUAUUCCACUAUGUGUCUCAGUCAUUAUUGUUUCAAUUGAUUUCCCAGCGCUAACAAUCCUUCUUAAGGCUCUCUGCUUAUCAAUCUUUAUUUUGACCUCAACAUCCGUGAGUUUAUAUCUAUAUUGUACACUUUCAUGUUUUUAUAGUAACAACUAGGUUUUGUAAAUUAAGUCACAUCUAAAUAAAGUCCAGUAAUAUAUGAA